GAUUUGGAUAUAACAUGACUUGAAGCAAUCGUUUGUACAUCUGUAAUGAUUGCUUAUAGCUGCUUGAUACAUGACCUUUAUUAGUCAGUCAAGUGACAUACCGCCUCCAGACUGAUAGCAAUGGCCACAUCGUGAUCUCGUACCUGUGAGAUCUGUGGAGAAUAGGUAGAAAACAGAAAACAGAAAUCGCUCGUGUGGUGAAAACAUAUACGGAGGCCCUACUACAGCUCAGCUGAGGAAGACAGUGGAUUUUCUAACAUUCUAGAACUGUAGUGCUCUCUCCAGGCAAAUUAAAGUAAGUGAUCAAUCCAAUAUGGCUGAUAUGAACACAAAUUUCAUGUGUUAUAUUAUUAUUUUGUUGAAGCAGUGAUUGCUUUUUCAGGUGAAUAAUGGCAACUAUCUCAUCACAAAGAAAAGCACUUAUCAGCUUUCAUCAAAUGUGUCAGUACUUCCACCAGGCAUGGAGAAGUGCAAGUCAGCUACCACAAUAUUGGGAAGACUUUUUAUCAGAUCCAGAAAAAACAAGCCAUAUCCUGUCAGUGAAGAAAAUGGCUAUUUUAACUGUGAUUGGUCAGCCUUCUUUCAGUGUGAUUGAUCAGCCUUCUUUUACUGUGAUUGGCCAGCCUUCUUUUACAGUGAUUGGUCAAAUGUGUCGACAAUAUCACCAAUCUGUGAACUGCCAUUGGUUGAGUAAAACUUCCAGAGGUAUUAAAGAGGUGCCAUCAAACAAGGAUUCGGCAGGCUGUGGGAUAUCACUGAGGUACAUUUCCAAGAAACACUACGAGUUUCCGGAACUUCUGGAGUCAGAUUUGGAAGAACAGUUUGUGAGAGGAAGUGGCCCAGGGGGUCAGUCAGUCAAUAAGACAUCCAACUGUGUUGUGUUGAAACAUCGGCCCUCAGGACUCAUGGUGAAAUGUCAUGAAACAAGGUCAUUGGACACUAACAGAAAAAUUGCCCGCCAAAAACUACGUGAACUGCUUGACGUGGAGAUGAACAGAGAGAAGAGCUUUACAGAGCAACAGAGGAGGGAGGAUUCCAUUAGCAGGAAAACCAAGAAAAUACGAGCCAAGAAAAAUUUGGAACGGAAGCUAGCUUUCAAAGAGAGAGAAGGACGACGGACAGCUAUUGUAUUGCACUGUGUAUCAGCCAUGGCUGCUAAAUUCGUUGAUGUAAAACCUGACAGGUUCCAGUGCAUUACACUAGAUGUUGGGAAACAGACCUUUGCAGACACAGAAGAUUUCCAAUACAAAUUAAAAGGAUCUCUGGAUGCGUGGAAGUCAUCAGGAAUUCGUGGGGUUUCAGUUAAGAUUCCAACAAAGCAGUGCUCAGUUGUUAGUGUUUGUGCAGAGUUUGACUUUGAGUUCCACCAUGCUCAGCCAGGCUAUGUGAUGAUGAAUCGCUGGCUUCUUGAGGAUGAACCUAGCCAGCUACCAGAGUAUGCCAAUCAGUAUAUGGGUGCUGGUGGGUUUGUGGUGAAUGACAGGCAGCAGUUGUUGGUUGUGAAGGAGAAAUUUACCAAAAACCCUCACUGGAAGUUACCAGGUGGUCAUGUUAAUAAAGGUGAGGAUAUCACAGAGGCCUGUCAGAGAGAGGUUCUAGAAGAGACGGGCGUUCCCUGCCAGUUUGUGUCAAUACUGAGCUUCCGACAUCAGCACGGCUACAGGUUCGGCUGCUCCGACGUGUACUUUGUUUGCCUGAUGCGGCCAAUCAGUGAAGAGAUAAACGCCUGUGAGAAGGAAAUUGCAGAUUGCCAGUGGAUGAAUUUAAGAGAAUUCCAUCAGCAGGAGAACCUAUCAGAAGCCCUUCGUUUCUUCACAGAGCAGUAUCUGAAGCAGAGACAAGCUGCAGGCAAACAUCAGCUUGUACCUUCCAGUGUGCUGUCUUUGGACAAGAAGAAAUACAACAAUAUAUAUGGCAUACAAACCUUGGAUUAACACUCACACAGAAACACUUUCACAAAAUUUUACAGAUCAGUUUUUCAACUUUUUUUUUCAGAACCUUGUGCAACACAAAUUUUAUUUUGUGUGGGCGAGCAGACACUAAAAAAUCUUGAACUGGCAUAAAAUUGAAAUUCCAUCUUUUUAUUUCGUUCAAUCUAGAUAUUUUUAUGAUUUUCCUGUUUUUCCUGUGCUUUCUGAUCAUGUAAAUAUGUCUUCAACAUUUAAGUAAUUGCUUUUUUAUUUUUGGUACCUCCUCAGACAUUGGAAAAAGAUUUAUUCUGCUCCUUAAGACAACAGUUCAAAUUUGUGUGGUCUUUGUUCUGAAAAAAAAAAAUGUUGUGAGAAAUUGUGCUUGAAGAUUUUGUGAAAAUCCAGGAAAAAGGGUAGCUGAUUUAAAAGCCAAAGUCACAUACAGAAAUAUGUUUACAUUUUCAGGGAUUAAAAUUUUGUAAGGUUCAUUUUUUAUUUCUGUCAAGUUUAUAGCCCUAGCUCAGAUGGACAUGUAGGGACCUGUCCUCAUUUAAUACAACUAUUUCAAUACAGGGUAGUCACAAAUGAGUCCCUCAACUUCUCCACCAAGUUUUUGCACCAAGUUUUUGCAGCAUGCUUCUGUACAUUCUUCUGUACAUUCUUCAAACAUGUCAAAUGAUUCAUUGAUUUUUGUCCUCAAAGAAUGGUUAUGAAUACAUUAAUUGGAAUUAUUUUACUGACAUUAACAUUCUGCCUGUUGGCUCAAGGCACAAGUUCAAUCCCGGCCUUAGCACAGGGAGUGUAAAGAUUCUCACACUGUCACUGUUCAUGGGGCCUUGGUGAGGUCACCCACGCUCGCAUCGCCAUUUAGAUGAAGACAAUAUAUCAUCCACCAAUCCAGUGUGCUUAUCAGCAGUUUGUCAGUAACUUGACGGGGGCUGGUGGUUUUUUCCAUCGCCAACUUAUAAGUAAGAACACUUUCAAGUAUGACAUUAAAUAAUAAUAAUAAUAAUGAAAGAAACCGUACAAGCCCAGAUACUAUUACACUCACCACCCCUGAAUGGAGCUCAAUAAUAAAGCAGAAGAAAGCCUCUGGUUUUACUCCGUAUGCUGAACGUCUUUAAUUAUAUUGUGAUGGAGGAAAAGUGUAUAUGUUUAGAGGUUUAUAUUUUGUCAAAAUCUGCUUAUUCUUCAUAAUUAGAUGCUGGUCAGAUUGACAUGGUAAAGUUUCAAAGCAUUGUAGUAGCAUUAUUCACUUCGACAGUGUCAAUGCAUUAAGUAAACAAUGGCCAUUAAUGUAUUCAUUUAUUUAUUUGAUUGGUGUUUUACGCCAUACUCAAGAAUACUUCACUUAUAUGACGGCAGCCAGCAUUAUGGUGGGAGGAAACCGGGCAUAGCCGGGGGGAAACCUGCAACCAUCUGCAGACCUUCCCACUUACGGCGGAAAGGAAGCCAGCAUGUGCUGGAUUUGAACUUACAGCGACUGCACUGGGGAGAGGCAUUAACAAUUGGUGUGUGUUUUAAGGUGAUCAGGGUAUGUGCAUGGGUUCUUGUACUGUUAAUCGAUCCUGCUAAUUUCUGCUUUACCUGUGCUUGUAAACAGUGAUCAGUGGGAGAUUGGUGAGAGCAACAGUUCUGAGAUUUAUGAUCAGUGUCGGGAAGAUUUCCAGGAAAACCCUAUUACCCAUUAAGGUUUUAAAUCUGAAGCUCCCUCAGAUUUACCAUCUUCGUUUGCACUUUAUCCUCAGGUAUGACGUAAACACCAAUCAAAUAAGUAAAUAAAUAAAUAAGUAAAUCAUUUGUACU